CCCGGCCCUCGCCCAGGUUUCCCGGAGCUGCUGCUGGCGAGCCCGCUACCGCUGGGAUCUAUGGAGCCAUUCCGUAGUGCCAUUCCGAGCAACGCGCUGCCGCAGCUUCUCUGAGCCUUUCCAGCAAGUUUGUUCAAGAUUGGCUGUCAAGAAUCAUGGACUGUUAUUAUAUGCCUUGUUUUCUGUCAAGACACCAUGAUUCCUGGUAACCGAAUGCUGAUGGUCGUUUUAUUAUGCCAAGUCCUGCUGGGAGGCGAGAGCCAUGCUAGUUUGAUACCUGAGACCGGGAAGAAAAAAGUCGCCGAGAUUCAGGGCCACGCGGGAGGACGCCGCUCCGGGCAGAGCCAUGAGCUCCUGCGGGACUUCGAGGCCACACUGCUGCAGAUGUUCGGGCUGCGCCGCCGCCCGCAGCCCAGCAAGAGCGCAGUUAUUCCGGAUUACAUGCGGGAUCUUUACCGGCUCCAGUCUGGGGAGGAGGAGGAGGAAGAGCAGAUCCCGGGCACGGGUUUGGAGUACCCUGAACGCCCCGCCAGCCGGGCCAACACCGUGAGGAGUUUCCACCACGAAGAACAUCUGGAGAGCAUCCCAGGGUCCAGCGAGAACUUGGCUUUUCGUUUCCUCUUCAACCUCAGCAGCAUCCCGGAAGAUGAGGUGGUCUCCUCCGCAGAGCUUCGGCUCUUCCGAGAGCAGGUGGACCAGGGCCCUGAUUGGGAGCAAGGCUUCCACCGAAUAAACGUUUAUGAGGUUAUGAAGCCCCCAGAGGAAGUGGUGCCUGGGCACCUCAUCACACGACUACUGGACACCAGACUGGUCCACCACAAUGUGACACGGUGGGAAACUUUUGAUGUGAGCCCUGCGGUCCUUCGCUGGACCCAAGAAAAGCAGCCCAACCAUGGACUGGCUAUUGAGGUGGUUCACCUCCAUCAGACACGGACCUACCAGGGCCAGCAUGUCAGGAUUAGCCGAUCGUUACCUCAAGGAAGUGGGGAUUGGGGCCAGCUUCGGCCCCUCCUGGUCACUUUUGGCCAUGAUGGCCGGGGCCAUGCCUUGACCCGACGUCGGAGGGCCAAGCGGAGCUCUAAGCAUCACCCACAGCGGUCUAGGAAGAAGAAUAAGAACUGCCGGCGCCACUCACUCUAUGUGGACUUCAGUGAUGUGGGCUGGAAUGACUGGAUUGUGGCCCCGCCGGGAUACCAGGCCUUCUACUGUCAUGGAGACUGCCCCUUCCCACUGGCAGACCACCUCAACUCAACCAACCAUGCCAUCGUGCAGACCUUGGUCAACUCUGUCAAUUCCAGUAUCCCUAAGGCCUGUUGUGUACCCACUGAACUGAGCGCCAUCUCCAUGCUGUACCUGGAUGAGUAUGACAAGGUGGUGCUGAAAAAUUAUCAGGAGAUGGUGGUAGAGGGAUGUGGGUGUCGCUGAAGUCCAGUCAUUCUGGAGGAUAGACAGACAGACAGACAGACACACACACACACACACACAUACAUGUUCCCAUCCACCCGCCCACCUACCUACACACUACACAGACUGCUUUCUUAUAGCUGGACUUUUAUCUUUAAAAAAAAAAAGAAAGGAAAAAAAAACCCUAGAUGUUCACCUUGACCUUAUUUAUGACUUUACGUGCAAAUGUUUUGACCAUAUUGAUCAUAUAUUUUGACAAAAUAUAUUUAUAACUACGUAUUAAAAUAAAAAUAAAAUGAGUCAUUAUUUUAAAGGUAAA